AUGUGCUCCUGCAAGACACUGUGUCCUUACUGGGAGGACAUUAUGCCUCGCAAAACCUGCACAAACGGACAAGAGAAGGUUGUCUCGCUCGCUACAAAGUCUGCGAAACUUUGUUGCAGCAGAAUUUCAACCAACGGCAAAUACCGAUUAUUGCCCUUCAGUGGUUUUGAUGUGCGCUCUGCUGCUGAGUUUUGUUGA